UGUAAUAUUAUAUCCAAAUUACAAUCUCUUAAAUCUCCUUUUUCCCUCCCAAUCUCUCUCUUCUUUUACGGCUCCUCUCCUCUGUACCGCAUCUUUUAAAACCCCACCCUCUUUCCCCUUCUCCCUCUCUCUCUUAACUCUUUCUUCUUAUUAGUAUGUAGUACUACACUACACCCACUAAAAAUAUUAACCAUUUUCUCAGAUUUAAUUCUUGAAAAUAUAAUUAAUAAAAACUUUGAUUUUACAGCAAUGCGGACAUUGUUGUGUUUUAGCAUUGCUGCUCUGUUCUUGUCCUCCAUUGUUGUUGCUGAAGAUCCUUACAGAUUUUUUAGUUGGAAUAUCACUUAUGGUGAUAUUUACCCUCUUGGUGUUCGUCAACAGGGCAUUUUGAUUAAUGGGCAGUUUCCAGGACCAGAUAUUCACUCAGUCACUAAUGAUAAUCUCAUCAUCAAUGUUUUUAAUAAUCUUGAUGUUCCUUUUCUUCUUUCAUGGAAUGGAGUUCAGAACAGGAGGAACUCCUUUGAAGAUGGUGUUUAUGGAACAACUUGCCCAAUUCCCCCAGGCAGGAACUUCACUUACAUGCUCCAAGUCAAAGAUCAAAUUGGUAGCUUUUACUACUACCCUUCUCUAGCAUUCCACAAGGCUGCUGGUGCUUUCGGAGGUAUCAGGAUACUUAGCAGGCCCAGGAUUCCUGUUCCAUUUCCUGACCCUUCCGGUGAUUACACUGUUCUCAUUGGAGAUUGGUACAAGGCCAACCACACUGAUUUGCAAGCAACCCUUGACAAUGGUCACAAACUUCCUCCUCCAGAUGGCAUCCUAAUCAAUGGUCGGGGAAGUGGUGCCACAAUAAAUGUAGAGCAAGGAAAGACUUACAGACUCAGAAUCUCCAAUGUCGGCCUGGAGAACUCUCUCAACUUCCGUAUUCAAGGCCACAAGAUGAAGCUGGUGGAAGUCGAGGGGACUCACACGCUCCAAACCUCCUUCUCCUCACUUGAUGUCCAUGUAGGACAGACCUAUUCGGUGCUCAUCACUGCUGAUCAGCCCCCUAGGAACUACUACGUUGUAGCUUCAUCUCGAUUCACCAAUCCUGUGCUCACUACAACAGGUAUCCUUAGCUAUGCAAACUCUGGAGGCUCAGUCCAAGGCCAGAUCCCUGGAGGUCCAACGAUCCAGAUUGAUUGGUCCCUCAAUCAGGCUCGUGCUGUUAGGACAAAUCUUAGUGCAAGUGGACCAAGGCCCAACCCACAAGGGUCUUACCACUAUGGUAUGGUCAACACUACUAGAACUAUUAGGCUGCAGAAUUCUGCUGGACAAGUGAAUGGGAAACAGAGGUAUGCUGUUAACAGUGUGUCAUUUAUCCCUGCUGACACUCCCCUCAAGCUUGCGGAUUACUUUAAGAUUGGAGGAGUUUUCAGUGUGGGGAGUAUCCCCAGCAGCCCAAGUGGUUCAGGGAUCUACCUGGCUACUUCUGUCAUGGGUGCUGAUUACCGAAGCUUCAUUGAGAUCGUCUUUGAGAACACUGAAAAUAUAGUUCAGAGCUGGCAUCUGAAUGGUUACAGCUUCUUUGUUGUUGGAAUGGAUGGAGGAACAUGGUCACCAGCUAGCAGAAACCAGUACAAUCUUCGUGAUGCAGUUUUCCGUUGCACCACACAAGUGUACCCAAAGGCAUGGACUGCAGUCUACUUGCCAUUGGAUAAUGUGGGUAUGUGGAACUUGAGAUCAGAGUUUUGGGCGCGUCAAUACUUAGGACAACAAUUCUACCUCCGAGUCUAUACAACAUCGACAUCACUAAGGGAUGAGUAUCCAAUCCCCAGGAAUGCUCGUACCUGCGGAAGAGCAGCAGGCAGGCGCACUAGGCCUUUGCUAUAAGCUAUUAGUUUAAGUGAGUCUAGUAACCUAUAUCAUAAGAAAUUAGUUUGGUUAAAAGUGGAGCAAAAAGAUAAGCAAAUCUUUUGCUUUGAUUUGCAUUAUAUUCCUUUGGGGUGCUACAUUAGCACUAGUUAGCCCCAUAAUGAGGCUUGUAUUAUUAGUACGUAUAAUUUGUGUUGCUACGACCUCCUCUCAAGGUCGCAUUCUUUGAAAGUAAUAUUGUUCUUCUGAUUGUAUGAAA